AUGGAUAUUUACCGGAGAUACGCCUCUGGUGAACACGAUGAGCAAUUCUUCUCGAAGAACAAUCACAACGAAUUUAUUAAGCUACGACCUUUACUGGGCCAUUUCGACAACCUUGGACCAAAUGCAGCCUCCAAACCAGUGCUGUACUGGCAAGAGCUCUUCCCCCAGGCUGCUUUUUUUGCAGGUUGCGAUGAAGUGCUCUUUGGAUACGUCAUCACCGUUGUCUACAAAAAUGAAAUGACCCUGAAGAUAAGUGCCAUCUCCAUCACCAAGUUUGGUUGCAACAUAUAUGAAAACCUUAUGCUCGAUGUCCGCCUGCGCUUUUGGCCAGCAUGCGAGAACUUGGACCCAGAGCAUCGUGAUUCUAAUGUAAGAAAGGCCCUCGCAAUUGCUAACUUGAAGAAUUACAAUCAGCUCUUCUACAACACAGAAAGCUUACAUUCGCGAUGGGACGAGACGACCGCUGGCGCAUUAGCCAGCUCGAUGGAUGUUUUGACGGGAAGGGUUCCGGUACAACUAGGUGAAAAGCUUCUUUCGCUCGGUUUGCUUCAGGACCAUUGGAUUUCCUCGACACUUAUGGACGUUGUUUACGAUUCGAAAACCCCAUUGAACGGAGAGGUCACCAUCGAAGAAAAUAACAAGCUUGUUUUUGCUUUGGGAAAACAAAUGGAUCAGCUUUUCGAUCCAUUACUAGAAUACUCACCUCAAGCUAUGGACUAUCACUACGAUCCCCCUCGCAACCCGCAACCCCCACUACUCCAGAAUAACACGCAGAUCGAGAAGGUGUUGAAUGAGUUGUACGACGUUCAAGCAAAUUAUGCGAUGGAUUUGAUUGCCAUUCUUCAGGAUCUCGUCAAUCCAUUGAGAGCCAAAGUGCUUUCCUCAGAUUCCUCGACUGGAAUACAGAAAGUGAACCUUAUAUUUCCUCCAACGAUUGAUGAGGUCUGCAGAAUCAAUUGCAUUCUUCACGACUCACUUAGUCGCGCCAGAGCAUUUGGUUAUGUGGAGAUCUUUCAGGUAUUUGAGAAUAUUCUUCCAUAUUUUUACAAAGCGUUCGUGAGACAUGAGGCUAACCUACGAAACUUCCAUAACCGUUUGGCAAAGUUUCUUGAGGUUGAAAGCAGGCUCAUGGAAUCUACAGAGGUCAACAAACGUAAGUUUUCCGCAAGAUCAAUAGAGGCCAUAGUGUCAGGAUGCAUUUUGGAGCUCCCAAGAAUCAAACUUAUCUUGAAACGUCUUUAUGAUGAUAUUAAUUUGGAGAAGUCAAAACUUCAAAACUUCGAAAAUACUGAAGAUCAUGAAAAGGCGGUAAUCGACAAGGCGUUUAAUGCGUGUGUUGAAAUCAUCGACUCCUUUGGAUAUAAAGAAGACCAGGGUGAGAAACCAGUUUCUCACAGAGUCUUCACUCCAUCUGGCAAACUUCUCACAGAAAUUGCAACUGAGUGGCCUGUGGAGCUUCAGUACGGAUGGAUAAACAGGAAAGUGAUCGGUGUCCAUGAAUUGAAAGAGGUCAUUUCCACUCCAGCACAUUCUCAAAUCUUGAUUAUCUUCUCGGAUAGUGUGCUAUUCCUUGACGCUUUUGAGUCGGAGAACAAAAGCUCUAUUCUGGUUCCCUCAAUAUUGAUGAACUCUUUGAUUAACCAGAAACCAUUGCCCAAACUUUCUCAAUUUCCUCUGUUAAAAGUGAAGUUUUGGUGUUCAAUCGCUGAUGUUCUUGUGAAGGGCUAUUCGCGAGGAGAAGAGACUUUCCUUUCGUUCAUGGCGUUUGGGGAGUCUGGAUUCAGAGACCGUAAUGGUCACCAGCUCAAUCCUAUGCAAAACUUUCAAGUUAUGGAUUCAACUGAGGAGACCUUGAUGGCAUCUCUUCAAAAAGCGAAGGUGCUUCACAAAGUCACCUCCUUUCACCUCUUUAGUGAUAGAGAGGAGAACGUGCUCAGAUUCUACAGUGCACACGAGAGACAAUCGUACAAGUCCGAAUUAUCUACAUCUCCUAUUGUGAUGCUUCUUAAUCUUAAUCAUGAUGAGAUUGAUAGAAUAUUCCAAGAUCAUUCUCACGUCUUCAUUGUGCUCAACGCCUCCUUCAUCAAUCAUCACACAGUCCACAUUUCUGGCCACGAUAGGUCCAAGAAGUACAAGAUCGAGGAGAUUGUGGGCAUCGGAGAGCUCCGAGCUUCUUUACGUGAAAUCCUUGCCAAAUCUCUUGACGUCUUCUACCACUCUACGUUCUUCUCAGAGGUUGUGACUAAGGGAAAUGACCGAAGCUUGGAGUAUUUUGUUGAGAGAUUCUCUAAACAAGGCGUGGAGAAAGAGCUUCCAAAAGUGAUGGAGACUAAGCAAGUGGAGAUGCCACCAAAGCCUGUGAUAGCCAAACGUGAACCAGGCAUAGAAAAAGAGGUUGAGUCCAAGACGGAAGAAGCCAAAUCUUACCUGGUGGACACGAUGUCUGAGGCGGAACCGUCAUGUGGCCCUCGCCUGCUUUUCAAGGGAUUUUUCAGUAAGUUCAAGAAAUCGAAGCGAGUGAAGAAAAGCCCCAAGGUUCGCCUUACGCCAGAGCAGCGCCAGGAGGAGAGCGCCAAAAAAAUACCUAAUACGGAGAACCCUCGUGGUAAGAAACAGGUAUACGAUAGUAUUUACAAGCCGACGCCGACACUACGGGAGAGCUCCAUCUCGUCGACGCCAAGACACGAGACUGAACAGGCCCAGAGAAAUAUUUCUGUCAACACUGGAUCCUCUUCACACUAUACCAACACAUCACUUGACGUGCAGCCUAACUUCCAAUUCCCCUUGGACACUGUCGAUGAAAAUGUCGAAGGAGAAGUUGCUGGCACUGUGAAAUAUGCCGAGCAUCACCAACCCUUCGACAGCAACACGAAUGACGAAUCCAGAAAGUCAUCACUUCAACUGUCGAAAAAACUGUCGAAGAGUGUACCUCGGGGCGAUGACAAAGAAGAUACGAUUCAGCCUCAAGUUCUUCCGAAGGCAAACACUGCGCCAGAACCACCCCAGCAUCGCGUGCAGAAUGAAAAGAAGCUUUUUAAUGAUGGAGAGAUACCGAUGCCACCAAAGAAGAGAAUCUUUUCAAGCCAGGAUAUUGCAAACGCAUUGGAACACAUCAAUGCCGCUGGUAUUUCUCCUCACACCUACGCAAAGUAUAAGAAGUACGAGGAAUUGCCAACUUCUAAUUUCUACAGUGAUGGUGAAGCUAAUUGGACUAGAGUGAACAGGGAAGACUCUUCAAAUCUCCAACGUGAAGUCAGAGCGAUGAAAGAAGAGGCAAACAUGGAUACACUCGAUGUUAUUGAUGUCGGCAACAACGGGUCUCCCUUGCGCAUGGUUCCACAAAAAAUUCACUACGACUCGAGUGAGGGCACAAUUUCCAGUAACGAUGGCAUCAACGUUGAUCUCAGCCAGGAGACGGUGAGAGCCACGGAAGCUGAGCAGCCACUCGCUCCAUACAAAGCAUUCUCUCAGUUACCAUCAGAACAGUCAACGGAGUCCUUAAACUCAGCUCAGUACAUGUCAGAUUUUGGUAAGAAGCUCGAUGAAGGGUUUCAUCUUGACAAUCUUUCGGACCAAAAGUCCCUUCCUUUUACAGUUGAUACGUUGGUAGUCAAUGAAGACGAGGCUACGGACAUUGCGGCUGAAUCAAAGGACUUAGCUGAUUCACAGGAGGCAGCUGACGAAGACCGUUGUUCCAUCACGAUUUCGUCUGAGGAAUACUUCUCACCAGAUGAAUAUGUCUCUGCACUCAGAGAUGAAUAUUUUGGUAUCGAAUCAAACGAUAUGGCUAAUACAGUAACACUGUCAUCCAGUGAAAAGACACUUAUGAACGUUGCCCGGGAGGUGGAAAAAGAUGAGGAGGAUAAAGGAUUUCAGAUCAAGUUUGACUCGGUCGCUUACCUCUCCGAUAUACUCAACGGAACUGUCAAAAUUUAA